AAAAAGACAGAAAUUUUUUCCUGAAUUUCUUUCUUCUCACUUUCAUUUCUCUUGUCCGUUGAAAACAAAACACAUUAUCUAUCGGGGGCUGGAUUUGCUGAUUUCCGGCCAAGAAACUAACGAAUCGAAAUUCAUUCGUUUAACCCAAACUACUCUCUUCUUUUUCCGGCCAAUGUCUACUGCGUCGGCCGCGUCAUCGCCACCGCCACCGCCACCAUCAGAAUAUGUUUCUCCGCCGCCGGUUACCCUUCUCUUGAUAGCCUUCCUCCUCGUGUUCUUCUUCCUGGGCAUUUUCUUCAUAGUCUUUUGCAAGUGUUGCAUAACAACCCUGUGGCAAAACCGGCGUGCAAGCCAGGCCGGAGCUCCGGUGGGUCCCGUGGGCAACGUCGAUUCCCCGGGGAUCGACCCCUCCAUCAUCGAAUCUUUCCCCACGUUCACCUACUCCACCGUGAAGGAUUACCGGAAGGAACAGUAUGGGCUAGAAUGCGCCAUUUGCUUGGUGGAGUUCGAGGACGCCAGCGUUUUGCGCCUCUUGACCUCCUGCAAUCACGUCUUCCACCAAGAAUGCAUUGAUCUUUGGCUGGAAUCCCACAAGACUUGCCCCGUCUGCCGCAUGGCCCUCGACUCUCCGGCGAAGACCACCGAGCCCUGUUCGCCGCUCUCCGCCACCGGCAACGCCAUGCCGGACAGCUUCCAAGACGAUACCGAGCUGCCGGGAGACAUGCAUAGCAUCACCAUCAAGGAGGACGAUGACGAAAAGGGCGAAGGAGGAGAUAGCAAUAUCGAUAACAACACCAAUGAAGAGAACCAAAGAACCAGAACCAGCGGGGUGGGACCCGCGGAGUCAUCACCUGUUGUCACUAAGCAACGCGAAUCUAUUGUAACGUUUAAUACUAACGAUGAUAAUGAUACGGAAGAGAAGUUCUCGAGGUCUCAUUCAACCGGGCAUUCACUAGGUAGGAGUAGGGGAGGCGAGGAUAGGUUUACUUUGAGAUUGCCUGAACACGUGAGGGCAAAAAUUAUUAGGGGUCACAAUGCAACCAAAAGUUGCACCGCGUUUGGAGAACACAAAAAUAGAACAACGACGACGACCACCCCAGAAAAUUUUGGUUUUAGUCAGGUUUGA